ACUGCGAACAAACGCAGAGAGGAUGUGUGGUUCGAAAACAGGCAGCACUGCCAACAUUGUUGGACUACAAUAGAAAAUCAAGGAAAGGAGUGGACUCAUUCCCUUUCUGACCACCUUUGGGUUUUGCGUUCAACGAUUCUUUUUAUUUCUCUCACCAAAGAAUAACUGGGAAUAAUGUUUUUCCAUUUCAUUCUUCUGGUUGUUUCUUUGAUGGGUUUUCUGCGUGGCGUAUUCGAUUGUGAUGAAAACUGUGCAGAAAAACCCGUUUUCAGUCCAUCCAGACUGGUGCUGAUGUUUGGUGACCCAUCCUCUACCACGUGCACCGUCUGUGAGAAAUGCACGAAUGAAUUUGGUUUUGAAAAUUCUGUGGGAAAUAAUACAGUAAAUGGAACCACAAUUACAUGGCAGGCUGGCAGUGUGACUGAAUGGGACUUACCUCUCAUGUGCUAUUAUGAGGAUGUGCAGCAGAAUGAUACCCAGUGUUGUACCAGGCUGCUUGUAACUGUGUACAAGCCUCCAGAAAAUGUGUCCAUCCGCUUUGUUGAUCACACUGGGCCAAUGUAUGAGGGCCGUCAGUACACUCUGCAGUGUACGGUACAGGACGUUGCUCCUGUUGAAAACCUCACUGUGACCUUCUACAGAGAACACACAAUACUGGGUCAACUACAAUCCAACAAGACAACAAGGAAACCAGUGGCUGAGAUCUUCCCUUUAAACAUCACCCUCAGUAAAGAAGAUGAUGGACUCCAGUACUGGUGUGAAGCCAAGCUAGAACUGGGACCAGGAGGACCACAGUCCCCUCCAGUGGUGAAGUCACAGAACAUCACUGCCACUGUGUACUAUAAGCCUCGCCUAGUUCGGCCACCACCUCCUUAUCAAAUCACCAUCACAGAGGGAGAGUCUUUACUUCUGGACUGCUCAUCUGUAGGAAACCCAAGUCCCUCAUACACCUGGACGGGCCCGUCAGAUACCCCUUCCCCCUCCGGCAACAACAGCAUGCUCUUUUUCAAAUCUGCAACUCCUGCAGAUGGAGGGAACUACACCUGUUCUGUCAGCAACCAUUUGGCUACUCUCACUAUGACGUCCACGGUGGUUGUCAAAGAUCGGAUGUUACCCUCAACCAGACUGCCGUCAACAACCACACAGGCAACAACAACGGCAUCGAGCAAGAGUACGAGCAGCAUUCUGAUUCACAGGUUCAUAAUGUGUUGUAUGCUUUUAUUCUCUGCUCUAGUCUGAGUUCAUUCCUGGAAAAUGCAAGAUGAGGUUUAUUUCCACAACAACAGCAUGUAAUAUUUCUGCCACAAAAAAUAUAUAACUGGGCAAUAGAAGGUCCUCAAAUCUGAUGUCGAUACAAUCGAUUUUCUAAAUACAGUGUGAGAAAGCUUACUUUUUACAAUGUAAUACUGGCAUUUAACCUCUAGAGGUCAUUAACUUGUACAUGCAUAGUAUGUACAUGAUUUUUGCUUUCUAUUAUGCAUUUUCACACAACAUACUGUAUUUUAUUGAUGCUGAUGUUUAGCAGGUAUAAUGUUUACUAUGUUUUCUGAUCUUAGUGUAGCGUGAUGACAUUUGUUAAUUAGCACUAAUUAGGGACAGAAAGUACAGCUGAGGCUAAUGGGAAUGUCAUUAGUAUUGCAGGUAUCAGGCAUUAAUAGAUGGUGAUGCUAGAUGAAAAGUUAAAGGGAUCGUCACAAUGAACUCUUACAGCUAAUUCUGAGGCGGACAUUAAUGUUUGCACCAAAUUUUGUGCUAACCCAUCAAGCAGAUGUUGAGAUAUUUCACCGUCACGGUGGCGUUCAUUGGAAAUUAUGAAUAUCUGCACCAAAUGUCAUGGUAAUCAAUCCAGUAGUUGUUGACAUAUUUUUGACCUACAGACAUUCCCAGAGCCACGCAGCUAAAAACACUGUUUAAAAAGUGCUAAUAAAUGUUGUUGCCAUAAUUGUGUUUUUUGGUAUGUUAUGUCAUGUACAUCAGAAAUUCAUUAAAAUAAUAAAAUGAA